AUGGACACCUUAGCAGAGACUUCAUGGGAUGUGGUCAUUGCAGGAACAGGGCUGGCUCAAUCUCUUUUAGCCUUAUCCCUCUCUCGGUCGGGAAAGAAAGUUCUCCACUUGGAUCAGAACCCAUACUAUGGAGGAUCCGAAGCAGCCUUUAGUCUGGAUGAGGCUCAGGAGUGGGUGAACAGUGUCAACCAACAUCCUGGCCAGUCUCCAUUUGAAGAUGCCAAGGUUGUCACUUACCCUCUAGACUCCUCCCAGCCCAGCUCCGAGGGCGGCGAUCGUCCAUCAGAUGCUCGCCCCAAGCUGGCUGCGAGUCGCGCCUACACACUUUCUCUUUCCCCGCAUUUCCUCUACACCCGCUCCCAACUAAUUUCAGUCCUAAUAUCUUCCAAGGUCUACCGCCAGCUGGAGUUCAUGGCCGUAGGAAGCUGGUGGAUUCAUUCUGAGCCCAAUGCAGAGAACACCGAACUUGGAGCCACGAGAAGCUUUCAUCGUGUGCCCGGCAACCGAGAAGAUAUCUUUGCUGAUACUCAUAUCAGUAUGAAAUCCAAGAGAACUUUGAUGCGUUUCUUGCGACAUAUCAGCAAGUCGGCUGAUGAAGACUCCGAGGAGUCCGAAGAGGACCUAUCGGCACCUUUCGGGGACUACCUUUCAUUCAAGUUUGGUAUUCCAGAGGAUCUUCAAAGUCCUUUGCUCUCGCUGUCGCUGUCUCAGCAAACCCUCCAGGACACAUCAGCCAGCCAUGCCGUUCCUCGGAUCAAGAGACACCUUGCAUCUAUCGGUGCUCUCGGACCAGGGUUCGGAGGAGUUAUAUCCAAAUAUGGUGGAGGGUCAGAGAUUCUUCAGGUUGCCUGUCGAGCCUCUGCUGUGGGUGGAGGUGUUUAUGCUCUCGAUACGGGGAUUCAAUCACUCACUGAUAAUGAGUCGAGCGAUGAGUAUCCUGUAGAGUUGCAACUCUCCAACGGUGAGUCGGUUCGGACCAAGUCUGCGAUCGGUACUGUAUGGGAUCUCUAUCCUACCCAGGAACGGCCACUGUCUUGUGCUAAAUUUACACGGUCAAUUACUGUGGUCGCCUCAGAUUUCACAUCACUGUUCCCUGUCACGGUGGAAGGGGCUCCUGUGCCCGCCAGUGCUAUCCUGAUGUUUCCAGGGGAUACCUUAGGCAGUCCGCAGUCGCCGCCAGUGUAUCUCCAGGUCCACUCGAGUGACACCGGCGACUGUCCACGUCAGCAGAGUAUAAUCUAUGGCAGUAUCUCUAUGACAGGUCCAGAAGGCCAGACUCUCUUAGAGCUCGCCGUGGACCGACUCAUUAAGGCCGAGGGACCCCAGGCUGUUGCGCUUUGGUCCAUGCGAUACAACCAGCAAGGUCGCCUUAGUAAUGAUGGCUCAUACCCUACUAUCCAGGCCCACUCGCCCCAUGUCUACAGCUUCCCGCCUCCUAGCCUGGAUUUGGCCUUUGAGGACGAGAAUAUUGACAUGAUCAAGCAGGCGUGGUUGAAGGUUGCCGGCGAUGAAGACCCUGAUGAUUUUAUGAUCUUUGACGAUCGCGAGGGCGCAGACGAUAUGUAG